AUGGGGAAAAGAAGCAUUGAGGAGAGGGUCGAGGCGGAAGCCCAGCACCUGGCGGAGGAGAUCGGGAAAGCCGAAGACCAACACAGCUACCAACCAGGUUCUCCCUUCAGCCCUACCCUUAUCCACACGCACGCAGUAUCUAACGUCAUCUGCUCCAUUGUCUUCAGGAACCGCUUCUACUACAAGGGCCAGAAGUUCCCGAACUUGACAAGUGCCAUCAACAACUUUUUCUUGGAUAUAAGCAGCAUCUGGAGUUUGGAUUUCAUCAUGGAGAGGGUGAGGAUGGACCCCAGCUGCCCUCAGGCCUUCGUUGACUCCUUCCUCAUGUCCACGUUCCAGGAAAUGCAAAACCCACAGAGUGUUUUUAAAACCAAAAACCUGGUGGAGACAGCAAUCCAGUUAUUCUUUGCUGGGACGGAGACAACGAGCUCCACCUUGAGAUAUGGAUUUCUGCUCUUGGUGAAAUGCUUGGAGAUCCAAGACAAGGUGCGGGAGAAAAUCAACCGUGUCAUAGGGCGGACCCACAGCCCAGCCAUGAGCGACCGAGGCCGGGUGCCGUACACCAACGCCGAGAUUCACGAGAUCCAGAGAUUUGCUAACAUCACCCCUGUGGGGGUUCUGCACAAAGUGACCUGCGACACCCACUUCCGGAGGUACCUUCCCCCCCAAGGUGCUGACACAGACGUUUGGACUGCCUUGGGCAUGGUUCUCCAAGAUCCCAAACACUUCAAGGAUCCAGGAAACUUCCACCCAGAGCGUUUCCUGGAUGAGGAAGGCCGCUUCAAGAAGAACGAUGCCUUCCUGCCGUUUUCCACAGGCAAAAGGGAGUGUCUGGGCAAAAGCCUGGCCCUCAUGGAGCUCUUCCUGAUGCUGACCACCAUCCUGCAGCGCUUCACCCUGAAAUGGCUGAAACUCCAACAACAAACUGACCUCACCCCCAGAGAGACUGAGAUUGGGAUUGGGAUUGUUCCUCCCAGCUAUGAGCUCUGCACCCUCCCGCGGGAGGAAGGGUGGCAGGACACAGCCUAG